AAAAAAUUAAUAAAACAGUUGUCUUACCUCUUUAUCAGCUUAUUGCACCAAGUAAAAAUCGAAGAGGACACCAAAUUCCAAGACCUCAAAAUAGUUUUGUAUUAUACAGAAGGAACUUAAGUGUAGCAAUUAAUAGAACAAAUGAUGCAACAAACAAUCUCGCAAUUAAUAAAACGAAUGAUGCAACAAACAAUUUUAAAUUUAUUUCAAAAGAAGCGGCCAAAAAUUGGUCAAAAGAAAGUAAUGAG